AUUGCAAACAAAAAAUUUUUUUUUCAUAAAUGACCACUUUAGAAGAUAAAUCCUUAUGGGAAGCAGAUACAGACAUUGGACAAGAUAUUCUUCGUUUAGCACCUGAAGAGAUUGCAAACCGUACGCGGUUAUUAGAAAACGACAUCAAAGUCAUGAAGUCAGAAACUGUUCGUAUUACACAUGAACAAGCUGCCAUAAAAGAGCGCAUUAAAGACAACAAGGAAAAGAUUAAAAUGAAUAAACAAUUACCUUAUCUCGUGGGCAAUGUCGUGGAACUAUUAGACGUUGACCCGGAAGAGGGAGAGGAUGAGAGAGAAGGUGGUAAUGUAGACUUACAUGGACAAGUCCAAGGAAAAUGCUGUGUUAUUAAAACCUCGACAAGACAGACAAUUUUCCUGCCGUUAAUUGGUCUUGUGGAUCCAUCAGAAUUACGACCUGGAGACUUAAUUGGUGUUAAUAAGGAUAGUUACUUGAUCCUCGAUAAACUCCCUGCAGAAUAUGAUUCUCGAGUCAAGGCGAUGGAAGUAGAUGAGAAACCCACAGAAGAUUAUAAUGAUAUUGGUGGUUUGGAUAAGCAAAUUGAAGAGUUGGUAGAAGCAGUUGUUUUGCCCAUGACACAUGCAGAUCGAUUCAAGAACCUGGGUAUUAAACCACCCAAGGGAGUCUUGAUGUACGGUCCACCCGGUACAGGAAAGACGUUAUUAGCAAGAGCAUGUGCAGCCCAGACAAAUUCGACUUAUCUCAAAUUGGCAGGACCUCAAUUGGUCCAGAUGUUUAUCGGUGACGGUGCUAAAUUAGUACGAGAUGCAUUUGAACUGGCUAAAGAGAAAUCCCCUACCAUCAUCUUUAUUGAUGAAUUGGAUGCCAUUGGAACUAAGCGUUUUGACUCUGAGAAAUCGGGUGAUCGUGAAGUUCAACGUACAAUGUUGGAAUUACUAAAUCAAUUGGAUGGAUUCUCUUCAGAUGAUCGUAUUAAAGUGAUUGCAGCUACUAAUCGUAUUGAUAUUUUGGAUCCAGCCUUGUUACGUUCAGGACGUUUGGAUCGUAAGAUUGAAUUUCCUUUACCCAAUGAAGAGGCCAGAGCACGUAUCAUUCAGAUCCAUUCCAGAAAGAUGAAUGUCAGUAAAGAUGUCAAUUUCGAUGAAUUGUCGAGAUGUUGUGAUGAAUUCAAUGGUGCACAGUGUAAAGCCAUUUGUGUUGAGAGUGGUAUGCUUGCUUUACGUCGUGGCGCUUUAGAAAUUCUUCAUGAGGAUUUCAUGGAAGCCAUUCAAGAAGUUCAAGCCAAAAAGAAGAUGACAUUGCAAUACUAUGCCUAAACCACCUUUAAAGAUGGGAAAUAAAUUUUUUUGCAUGUUCACCUAUCUCUCUCUCUCUCUCUCUCUUUGAGAGAUGGGUGUGACAAUGAGCACAAACUGACAUUUUGCCCCGAGAAAAAAAGACAUUGCAGAUAACGUGUCAAUGUGUAACUGCUCCACAAGGGCUUAGUCUUGCAAAAAAAAAAAAA